AUGUCGGUUUCAUGUGAUUUGUGCGACAAGUUAUUCGACAGUGAUCAUGCCGUAGAACAGCAUAAAAGAGAUACAUACUACGGCAACUGUACAACUCAGAAAAAAAGAAGCAGGCCUAGAAAUCGAAGAAAGAACACACAAUCUACACCCACGUAUUCAUCAAUUCCAGUUUCUGCAAACGGCUACAGUUCACUCGCCAACUGGAACUUCAACUCCUUCUUCGCGAGACUGGGCGUCGGUGUACGCGAGGAAAGCCAAGCUGUUGCAACAGGAAGAAACACAGUUUCCGUAGAUUUUCGCAGCCGUGUAACAGCCACAGAUCUCAACAGCUUUAUCGCAGAAGAAUUGCAACCAACCGAAGAAUUCAACCGAGAAAUGCAGGAAACCGUCGGAAAGAUAUGCGAGUUCUUGCGGAGACAUAUGGAACCUGAUCAAAUUGUAAAGGGUGGGUCAUUGGGCAAAGGUACGGCCGUCAGAGGAAGGUGCGACAUUGAUCUUGUUUUGGUGUUGAACGGAGUAGAAGGUGCCGAAGAUCUCAAAAGGAAACUACCAGAGAUUCGAGUCAAGAUCAAAACUAUGUUGACAAUAUAUUCAGGAGGUUUCACAAUCGUCCCCGGUUCCUUAAAAGACUCGUCCUUCUUAGUGAAGUUUUCAGUCAAAGGCACACAUGGAAAUAUAGAUGUUGAUCUGUUGCCCACGUUUAAGUAUGAAGAUCUGCAAAGUCUUUACAGAAAAAUGAGAACUGACCAGAGACACAGUGAAUAUUAUAGUGUGGCGUUGGCUCAGCGAAAGGUAGCCUUUGUUGGAAGGCAACCAGCCAAUGUGAAAAAUUUAAUUCGCUUGGUCAAAUACUGGAAAAAAGAAAAGGUCACGUCUAUGUCCGGUGGAUCGUAUCUCAUGGAACUAAUUACAAUUCAUCUUUGGGAAGAAAACACCAGAUAUGGUAAUGGCACAUUUGAUACGUUGAAGGCCUUUCAUGGAGUCAUGAAAGCAUUGGAGGAAUAUCAUUCUCUGAAUGUCAUUUGGACGACAAAUUACUCUGCCAGCGAAAUACCACACGAAGUUAAAAGCCGCCCAGGACCGUUGGUAAUGGAUCCAGCUAAUCCAAUGAACAACGUGUGCACAGCAUUUGAUUUGGAAAGAUUAGGAAGAGCAGCGAGAGAAGUCCGGCGAAGUCCUAUGUUGGAUGGUGUUUCUUCAACUAGUUGGAAGUAGCAACCUAGCCUACAUUCAUCAUUUUGGUAUCAGUUUUCACGCACGA